GGAGUGACAUACUUUUGGACUAUCCUUCUGUCAAAUUGACUAACCUGUUUAGUAGUAUUUUAUAAAUUUAGUUGUGGUAUCCUUUACUUAUGGCUUUUGUGGAACAAAAUAGACAGUUCCCCACAAAAAACGCUUCUCCUUUUUGCCCUCUCUUUCAACGCCGGCUCCUUUUCCCCAUCACUCUUUAUUAAAUUUCAAAACGGGGCCCUCUCUUUUGCUGACAUUUUAAUGCAGAAACCCUUUCGAGGGUGAGUGUUUCUUACUGUAUUUCUUAGAUCACAAUCAACUACAAGAAGGAAGCUAGGCAGGCAGGCCAAAGUUAUAUCAUUCUUUCUUUUCUUUGCCCAUCCACCAUAUCAUGCAGCUCCUAUAGCUUAGCUUAGCUACGGAGCUAGGAUCAAAGUCUAUCUUGUAGUUCAUUAAAGCUUGGUACUGGGAUCAAAGCUUGAUUAAUUUCUGGCCUGGCUUCCAUUACAGCUACCUAUUAAUCAGUUCCAUCAUAUCUCUAGCUGACAGAAACACUAGCUAGCUAGCUAGAGCUUGACGGUGGUCUGCUUUUGCCGAUCGAUCGUGCUAGCUUUAAACGUUGACUGUUUAGUUUGAGAGAUCGAAAUGAGUGAUCAGAAGAAAGGAGAAGCCAAGGACACGGCGGCGGCGAAUAAAGCAGACGGGAAGGACACUGCGGCGAACAAACCACCUACGAAGAAGGAAGAGGAAAAGAAUGCGGCACACAUACCACAGGAUCAGUUUAAGGGGGUUUCUUAUUGCAUCAGCAGUUCUCCUCUAUGGCCUGAGGCCAUCCUUCUUGCAUUCCAACACUAUCUAGUCAUGCUUGGGACAACUGUGAUUAUUCCCUCCGCUCUUGUUCCCCAGAUGGGAGGUGGAAAUGAGGAGAGAGUCAGAGUUAUUCAGACGUCUCUAUUUGUAACUGGCGUAAACACGUUGUUGCAGAGUUUGUUUGGGACCAGACUGCCUGCUGUUAUGGGAGGGUCCUACACCUUUGUUGUCCCAACCCUUUCUAUUAUCUUUUCUGGUCGUUGGAAUGACCCUAACCCCAUUUCGAAAUUUAAGAAGAUAAUGCGGGCCACACAAGGUGCAUAUAUGAUUUCUUCAACUCUUCAGAUAGUCCUCGGCUUUAGUAGUCUCUGGCGCAGCAUUACAAGUCAUUUGAGUCCGCUUUCAGCAGUUCCUUUGGUUUGCCUUGCUGGUUUCGGUCUAUACGAGCAUGGUUUUCCUGCGGUUGCGGGUUGUAUUGAAAUAGGAUUACCACAACUUGUCAUUGUAGUCUUUAUCUCCCAUUAUUUGGGUCGCCUCUUAAAGGGAGAUUGUUUUCGUCUCGCUGUUGUAAUUUCGGUGACUAUUGUAUGGCUAUAUGCCUACAUACUUACCAUUAGUGGAGCCUAUAAUCAUGCGUCACUAAAAAUCCAACACAGCUGCCAAACUAAUCGCUCUGGUCUCGUUCAUGCUGCCCCAUGGAUUAGGAUUCCAUACCCCUUUCAAUGGGGAGCACCUUCAUUUGAUGCAGGCGAUUCCUUUGCGAUGUUGAUGGCUACAUUUGUUGCUCUUGUAGAGUCCACAGGUGGGUUCAUUAUUGUUGCAAGGUUCGCAAGUGCAAGUGCAGUUCCACCAUAUGUUCUAAGUCGUGGUGCAGGUUGGCAGGGAAUUGGCAUCUUUUUAUGUGGGAUAUUUGGUACCGGAAUUGGAUCUUCUGUAUCAAUAGAAAAUGCUGGCCUUCUAGCAGUUUCACGUGUUGGCAGUCGAAGAGUAGUUCAGAUCUCUGCUGGCUUCAUGAUUUUCUUUUCUAUUUUUGGGAAAUUUGGAGCAAUCUUAGCUUCAAUCCCAAUACCAAUAGUGGGCGCUUUGUAUUGCCUGCUUUUUGCUCAUGUUGGUGGUGGAGGUUUAAGCUUGCUUCAGUUUUGCAACUUGAAUACCUACCGAACAAAGUUCAUUCUUGGCGUUUCCAUGUUUCUUGGUUUGUCCAUCCCUCAGUACUUCAACCAAUAUGCCGCCAUCAAUGGCUACGGACCUGUCCACACGAGUGGGAGAUGGUUCAACGACAUAGUCAAUGUGCCGUUCUCGUCAAAAGCUUUUGUUUCUGGGGUUGUGGCAUAUUUCUUAGACAACACAACACGGACUAAGUCUGAAGCAAAGGACAGUGGGGUGGAGUGGUGGGCCAAGUUCAAGUCUCCCAAAUCAGAUUCAAAAAACGAGGAAUUCUACAGCCUCCCUUUCGGUCUCAAUGACCGUCGCCGAUAAUCAUGCUUGACUGGUAGAUGUAUAUGCUCUCUCAUAAGGAAAGUGUGUGGUAUUUCACACCCUUCAUGUAACAUUUUUCAUUCAUUCUCCUCCUAUGCAUGUCCAUUUGCGCACAACCAAAUGUCUUAUUGUAUGUAUAUGUAUUACAUAGUAAAAUAUAUACUAGUAUAGUCUUACAACAUGGCGUUGAAACAUAGAAUAUUUAUUUGUUUGUUGCAUAUGCU